UUCAAAAAAUUAGGAAAAUGUUUUGGCGUUUAAAUUAUUGUACAGCUGUUCUACUUGCUUUAAUCUAUACUUGUAAUACUUUUUGGAUAGGUUCUGCAGCUAUACAUGAACCCGAAUUACAAAAACCUCAUCAUGGAGAUCAUAAAUUGAGUGAUCAAGAACAUUAUAAAGAAGGUUCUGAACACGAACCUAAAUUUGAUCAUGAAGCAUUUCUGGGAAAAGAAGAAGCUCAACAAUAUGACCAAUUAACACCAGAAAAAAGCAAAGAACGUUUAGGUAAAUUAGUGCCUAAAAUGGAUACAAAUGGGGAUGGGUUUAUUGAAGAAGAAGAAUUAAGAGAACAUAUUAAUUUUAUGCAAAAACGUUAUGUUAAUAACGAUGUUGAGAGAACUUGGAAGAACUAUAAAGACGAGCAAUUAACAGAUGGAAAACUUGGUUGGCAAGAUUAUCGUGAUCUUGUUUAUGGAAAACAAGUUGAUGGACAGGAAUUAGCUCCAGAAUAUGUUAAAAUGAUUGCAAGGGAUGAAAGAAGAUGGAAGGUUGCUGAUUAUAAUUCUGAUGAGAAAUUAGAUAGAACAGAAUAUGGGUGUUUUAUGCAUCCAGAGGAUUGUGACCAUAUGAGGGAUAUUGUUGUUGAAGAGACAGUUGAAGAUAUUGACAAAGAUAAAGAUGGAUUUGUUGAUUUGGAAGAAUAUAUUGGGGAUAUGUAUAGACCUGCUGAUUAUCCAGAAUUGGAGGGAAAAGAGCCUGAAUGGGAAGAAAUGCGUGAUUGGGUCAUGCCUUUAAAUUUUGAUCAUGCUGAUGCUGAGGCAAAACAUUUAGUUCAUAUUGCUGACGAUAAUAAAGAUGGAAAAUUAUCUCCAGAAGAAAUACUUGCCCAUUAUGAUACUUUUGUUGGCUCUCAAGCAACUGAUUAUGGUGAGCAACUGCAAAAACACGACCCUGCUGACCUUUAA